AUGGCUUCAAAGGGGUUACAUUACACCCCGCAAGGUACUGAUGGUUUGGAUCACGCAUUUAGACAACGUGUUGCAACCCACUAUCAACUAAGUGCUUUAAAUAAAUCCAGACUAAAAUAUUGUAUAUUUUUUCAUUACUUACUCUUCUUUGCAAUGCUAGCAAAGCUGUCUGCCGAUAUAUUAGAUAAACUAGAUAUAUUUAUUUUAGAAAUUGAAGAACUUAGCAUUCCUCAGCCAUUAUGGUGGGAAUACAUAUGGUGCAUAAGCCUAUUACUUUCAUUUCUGGGACUGGAUGCCAUAAAAAAAAAUAAAGUAACUCCUAUGAGAAAUUACAUGGUUGGUUUGGUCUUAUUUGGUUUUCUUCCUAUACUUUAUGCAACUAUUUAUUACUUUUCUGAUGUUUGGACUUACCUUACAUAUGAUGAGGAAGAAGAAUUAGAAGAAGUUGAGUUUUGGAGGGGAUAUCCAUAUGGGCUUCUUUGGUACACAUUUAUACUGUUAGCUUUGCAAGUGCAUCUGUUUUCAAUGCAUUUUGCAUGGAACUUAGUUUCAGCAUGGAAAUCAAAGGGUACAAAAAAAUCUGAUUAA